CUCGAGAACAGCUGCCUGAUCGCACCUCGUUGUCCAUGAUGGCAGUCUUGUGUAGUCCUGUGCUCAUAGUGUGUUGGUGGUCGUGAUUCUGUGCGCAUCGUUCUCUCGCGAAUAGUACGAAAGGCAGUGAUAGGAUACUGCUGUCGGCGGCGACGGCGACGGGGACGGGGACGGCGGCGGUGGAGGAGUUGGUGUCAGUGUUGGCGCAACGAUAGGAACCCCGUAAGAACGCCGCGGUGUGUAUCGAAUACUCAAUUAUGUCACGGGGGCGGUCGGACUCGCGCGCGCCGCUUCUUUAUUGAGAUCGCGACCGAGCAACCACCAUCACCAACACCACCAAAGAGAGCGCCGCGUCGGGACUCUCGCGGCAACGGCGGCGGGCGAGAGGAACAAAAAAGGACACACACACGUAUAGAAAAAUUAAUCUGUGUGCUCGGACCGUCUCGGAAUUGUCGACAGGGAUUACUGCUGCGAUAUUUUCUUUCCAAACUAUACGAUUCGUUGGUUCAUUCGUUCAUUUAAGCUGCACCGCUUCUUCGCUUGCCAAUCUAUCUCUCUCCCUCGUUCUCCACCUCCCUCCCUUUCUCGCCCAUUGUCGUUGCGUUGUCAUCGCUCUUCCUCUCGCCCUUUAAUCCUCCAAAGCAUAUAUAUCCUUUCAGCGCUUCACUUGCCGGGUUAAGAAAAAAAGGUGCUACUCCUCGAGUGAGGGGGUAAUGAGAAAGAGAGAACAAAUAGAAGUGUAGGGAACAAGAGAGACGCCGUCUCACACGCGUUUAGUCGCACGCAUCAUUAAAUGUACGCGGUCGCGUGGAGAAAACCACCCGUCGUUCACAUUGUCGUUGGUCCUGUCCACGUUGUCGCGAGCACAACAGUGCUCGCCUUCGUCACACAGAGGGCCUCGAUCAUCGGUCGUUCCCGAUACGUAAAUGAGUAGUGUUUGCUGUGCUUAGGAAAGAAGGAGAGAAAAAAAGAAUAAGUGUUUCGGUGUCAAUGUGUAUGCGGCGCCGUACGCUUAUCACAACAGUAGCAGCAGCAGCAUCGUCGGGACGACGGCAUUUCUGAAGAUACUUUUGACGCGUCGGUUGACACCGAAAAAAAUUCGACACAAUGAAGAGCAGUGCUCUGAUGAAGAAGGAGAGCAAGAUGCGCAUACGUGCUUUUCCGACAACUAUGGAUGAGAAGUAUGUCGAGAGCAUUUGGACCUUACUGAAAAGCGCUAUCCAGGAGAUACAAAAGAAAAAUAAUUCUGGCCUCAGUUUUGAAGAACUUUAUCGCAAUGCAUACAUGAUGGUUCUUCACAAAUAUGGUGAACGUUUAUAUACAGGAUUAAAGGAAGUUAUAACACACCAUCUUGAGAACAAAGUGCGAGAAGAUGUUCUUCGGUCUCUACAUAAUAACUUUUUACAAACGUUAAAUCUCGCGUGGAACGAUCAUCAGACAUCGAUGGUGAUGAUCAGGGACAUAUUAAUGUAUAUGGACAGAGUGUAUGUUCAACAGAAUGAUGUCGAUAACGUGUAUAAUCUUGGAUUAAUUAUUUUUCGAGAUCAGGUGGUCAGAUAUGGAUGUGUCAGAGAUCAUUUACGAGAAACUUUAUUAGGUAUGGUAGCAAGAGAAAGAAAAGGCGAAGUCGUAGAUCGUAGCGCUAUAAAAAAUGCCUGCCAAAUGUUGAUGUUACUUGGGAUUAACAGUCGUCAAGUUUAUGAAGAAGAUUUUGAAAGGCCUUUUUUACAACAAAGUGCUGAAUUUUAUAGAAUGGAAUCUCAAAAAUUUUUGGCAGAGAAUAGCGCAUCGGUAUAUAUAAAAAAAGUUGAAGCUAGAAUCUGCGAAGAAUCCGAAAGGGCGAAACACUAUUUAGAUGAAUCCACUGAGCCGCGAAUAGUGGAAGUCGUAGAAGAAGAAUUAAUCAAAAUACACAUGAAAACCAUUGUUGAGAUGGAGAACAGUGGUGUAGUGCAUAUGCUCAAAAAUCAGAAAACAGAAGACCUCGGUUGUAUGUAUAAACUAUUUUCGAGAGUGUCGGACGGAUUACGUACUGUAUGCGAUUGUGUAUCUCAGUUUCUCAAAGAACAAGGCCGCGCUUUGGUGCAGGAAGAGCACGAAUCAACUACAAACGCCGUUCUUUAUGUCCAGAACUUAUUAGACUUAAAGGAUCGCUUUGAUCAUUUUCUACAUUAUUCUUUCAAUAAUGAUAAAAAUUACAAACAGAUGAUAGCAUCAGAUUUCGAAUACUUCCUUAACUUAAAUGCUAAAAGUCCAGAGUAUCUCUCACUCUUUAUUGAUGACAAAUUGAAGAAGGGUGUUAAAGGAAUGACAGAGCAAGAGAUAGAAGGAAUUCUAGAUAAAACUAUGGUCUUAUUCCGCUUUUUACAAGAAAAAGAUGUGUUUGAACGGUACUAUAAACAACAUUUAGCCAAGCGGUUAUUGUUGAAUAAGUCUGUUUCAGAUGACAGUGAAAAGAAUAUGAUAUCCAAACUUAAGACUGAAUGCGGAUGUCAGUUCACGUCAAAAUUGGAAGGUAUGUUUAAGGAUAUUACGGUCAGCAACACUAUCAUGGAUGAAUUCAAAGAUCAUGUUCUUGCGUCUGGUACGAAUUUACACGGUGUGGAAAUAAGUGUACGGGUACUCACAACGGGUUUCUGGCCGACGCAAUCGUCCACUCCAAAAUGUAGUAUGCCCACCGCACCACGUGAUGCCUUCGAUGCCUUCCGACGCUUCUAUCUGGCUAAACAUAGCGGCCGACAAUUAUCGUUACAACCACAAUUGGGUUCCGCAGAUUUGAAUGCGAUAUUUUAUGGACCACGUAGAGAAGAGAGUAGUUGUGGUGGUUUGGAUACUCCGUCGUCUUCAAGUUCUCUCGGAAAUGGUAGUAACGCGAGUGGCAGUUUACUGAGCCAGAGAAGCAGCACGUGUAGUCCGCGAAAACACAUAAUACAAGUUUCCACUUACCAAAUGUGUGUGUUAAUGCUCUUCAACAAGAGUGAGAAGCUAACAUAUGAGGAAAUUCUAGGUGAAACCGAUAUUCCAGAGAGGGACUUGGUCAGAGCAUUGCAGUCUCUCGCCAUGGGUAAAGCUACGCAAAGAAUCUUACUCAAACACCCUCGUACCAAGGACAUUGAAUCUUCGCAUUGUUUCUGUGUGAACGAUAGUUUUAGCAGUAAAUUACACAGAGUAAAGAUUCAGACUGUAGCAGCGAAAGGAGAAUCGGAGCCUGAAAGAAAAGAGACGCGCAAUAAAGUAGACGAAGAUCGAAAACAUGAAAUAGAAGCAGCCAUCGUGCGAAUUAUGAAAGCCCGAAAGCGUAUGCCUCACAACAUACUCGUAACAGAAGUAACUGAGCAAUUAAGAGGUCGAUUUUUGCCUUCACCUGUAAUAAUUAAGAAACGUAUCGAAGGUUUAAUUGAACGAGAGUACUUGGCUCGCACACCAGAAGAUCGAAAGGUGUAUACGUACGUUGCUUAAUGCUGAAUUCAAAUAUUGGAUGUGUACAAACAUGAAUAUACGAUUGGAAAAGUAAUUGAAAAUGAUAGAGCGCCAACGAUAUCACGAUAUCAUAGUUUAAUCUUUGUUUUGCCGUAACUAUCACACGUAACAUACACAGAUAUACAUAAAUCUAUAUAAACAUCAAAGAUCUAUAUAAGAUCAAAGAUGAACAUGACGUGUGUCAUUUCGUUAUCGAGUGCUAAAAAUUAUAAGAGAAAUACUUGAUGCGGGUUAUUUUGUCAUUUGAACUCUAAAUUUACUUUCUUGUAUUUUACAUUAUAUUUAUACACUAAAUUACAACGUACCCAGUACGAACGAGACAUACCCUAUACUUGUUGCGACGGAACAUCCCUGUGAUUGGAAUGAAUGGCAAGAUAUUCUUCUGAUAAUUGACUAGUUUGGUGGAAAAGGUUGGUACGUAUCGUAAGAAUGAUACGCACUUAGAUUUAAUAUUGGGGAUGCGCAUAUUUUUUUUUUUCUAAACAUUGAACGAUGCGCUUCCCACACCUUUCACAUUUCGAACAUUCGCAUUUGUUUGAUUACAAUAGAAGAUACAUGUGAGCACUCAAUAUAAUAAAUAUGUAUUCUAAAUUAGAUAGAGUUUAGUUAACAUGUGCGUUUUUAACGAUGUAAAAUAUCGUUAAGUUACUCAAGAACUCGACGAUUCGCAUUGAUAAUACUGCAAUUAGGAACUUUUCUACACUUAUAAGACUGUGAUUGUCUACGGUAACAUAAAUACUAUUCGGAUAUGUCGUGAAAUUAGGAAAGAAAUGGUAUUUACAUAUAGUUUUAUUUACGUUGAUGUCUACCGAUUAUUAUAUAUGUAAAUAAGCGAUGUGAAUGUAUUAUUAAGAAUAUACUUGUCUCAUUUCCAACAAAUCAAUAUUAUUUUCAUAA